AUGGCCCCAGACACAGGGCCCCUCCUGUUGCUUGUCCUCAGCCUGGGCCUGGCCAGAGCCCAGGAGACUCUGGAGGAGGUGCCCGCGCAGCCAGGGUUUGACGCCAACAAGGUGGAGGGACGCUGGCUCACUGCCCGGCUGGCCGCCAGCCACACGCACCUCGUCUCCCCCGCCGACCCCUUGAGACUGGCUCUCCAUUCCAUCGCGACCCGGGACCGGGACCUGGAGUUCAUCUUAUUCUGGACGGGCCAAGGGAUGUGCCAAAGAGUCAAGGUCACCGUGCACCCAGUGGGGCUCCGAGGCCAGUACCACGGCUCCUUUGAAGGCAGCGGCAGCAUCCUCGUCCGCUUCGUCGGCACCGACUACAACAGCCUCAUUCUUUACAUCCGCGUUGAGGAUGGUGGCGGCGAGGUCACCAGCCUGUGGGCGCUGCUGGCCCGAAGCGUGCCCGCGGACCCCAAGUGGCUGGGGAAAUACCUGGAGUACGUUCGGGAAUUCCAGCUGCGAGAAGCACCCGUCUUCAACGUGGACGCCCAGUGUCCCCCGCACGAGGCCUAG